CAAAACGAUCAUUAAACGACAUCGUAAUUCCACCAUUCUGCUUUUACUUUUUCCUUUCCUUAUUCCCGUAACAGCGAGCGAUAACUUGUCCAGCAAUCUCUUCAAAAUCCCAAAGCCACAAGAAUAGAAAUUUUCAAUUGCGAACAGAAGCUGAAAAUUUGUGGAAAUUGGAGUAGAGAGAUGGGUUGUUCCCAAUCCAAGAUCGAGAAUGAAGAAGCCGUUUCUCGCUGCAAAGAUCGCAAGCGAUUCAUGAAAGAUGCCGUCGCCGCUCGCAACGCCUUCGCCGCUGCUCACUCCGCCUACGCUAUAACCUUGAAGAACACCGGCGCCGCUCUCAGUGAUUACACCCAGGGAGAGGUUGCACACCGCUCCUCCUCCGCGCCCGCUCAUACCACCGCUGCCGCUACUUCUUCUACUGUUGAGACUAUCUUCCCUCCACCUCCUCCCCCGUUCGAGAAUUCCUCGUUGCAUCGCUCCGCGAGCAUGCCACAGAUGAAGAUCACGAAGCCGGAAACGAAGUCGGUGGGGCCAACGAUCAUGGAAGAUGAGGAAAUGGAGUAUGAUACUCCUGAUAAUGAGAAAUUGAUAAGGAAACGUAGUAGUAGUAACAGAGGAAGUGGCAGUAACAGAGCUGUAGAAGAGAAUCAUCAACCUCAGAAUCAGAUGGAGCAGGGCCCACCACAGCCACAGCCGCCGCCGCCGCCGCAGCAGCAGCAGCAGUGGAAAGAGGAGGUGAUGCGCGGCCCUACGAUACAUCAGGGAUCGUCUUGGGGUGAUUACAUUUUUGCGCCAGUGGAGAGUAUGCCGGGGCCGACUUUGGCCGAACCGUUGGAGGCGGAGAAGGAAUUGGGACGGAGGGAGUUUGAGGAAAAGGCAAAUAAAGUGUCACGAGAGGAGGAGGAGGAGGAGGAUCCUGUGUUGGUGAUGGAGGAAAAAGGGGAGAAGGCCGUGGAGGUGCCUGUGCCAGUGCCAGUGCCAGUUCCGGUUCCGGCAGUGGAGAAGAAGGUAGCGAAGAAGGGCGCUGGAGAAAUGGGGAGGAGGGUGGGAAAACCGGUGAAUUUGGUGGUCUUAUUUGCGGAGCUUGAUGAUCAUUUCUUGAAGGCUUCUGAGAGUGCCCAUGAGGUUUCCAAGAUGUUAGAGGCCACACGGUUGCAUUAUCACUCUAAUUUUGCCGAUAAUCGGGGACAUAUUGAUCAUUCCAAAAGAGUGAUGCGAGUUAUUACAUGGAAUCGGUCGUUUAAAGGGAUGCCUAGUGUUGAUGACGGUAUGGAUGAUUUUGAUACAGAGGAGCAUGAAACUCAUGCUACUGUGUUGGAUAAGAUGCUAGCCUGGGAAAAGAAGCUUUAUGAAGAAGUCAAGGCAGGUGAAAUUAUGAAAUUUGAGUAUCAAAGGAAGGUCGCUUUGCUGAAUAAGCAGAAGAAACGGGGUGGUAGCUAUGAGUCGAUGGAGAAAUUAAAAGCAGCUGUAAGCCAUCUGCACACAAGAUACAUUGUAGACAUGCAAUCACUGGACUCCACGGUUGCUGAGAUAAAUCGUUUACGUGAUGAACAAUUAUAUCCAAAACUCGUUGAGCUUGUUGACGGGAUGGCCACAAUGUGGGAGACCAUGAGAUUUCACCAUCAGACCCAGGCUAAGCUUGUAUAUGACCUGAGAUCUUUGGACAUUUCUCAGUCCCCCAAGGAAACUAGUGAAUAUCAUUAUGAUCGCACUUGUCAGCUUUGUGCAAUUGUAAGAGAUUGGCAUACAAAUUUUUGUAAGCUUGUAGACAAUCAGAAAGAUUACAUAAAGGCACUCAACAAUUGGUUAAAGCUAAAUCUCAUCCCUAUUGAGAGCAAUUUGAAGGAAAAGGUUUCUUCUCCUCCGAGGGUUCAUAAUCCUCCAAUUCAUGCGCUUCUCAUAGCUUGGCAAGAUUAUUUGGAAAAACUUCCAGAUGAGGUUGCAAGAAGUGCAAUAGGUAAUUUUGCUGCUGUAUUACAGACCAUUAUGAAUCAGCAGGAAGAGGAAAUGAAGGCGAGAGAAAAAUGUGAGGUCACAAGAAAGGAGCUCGCGCGCAAGACCAAGCAAUUUGAAGAGUGGAAACAAAAGCAUAUGAUAGGGUUUACAAAUACUGAAUCUGAUCCUGACAGGGCAGAAGACAACCCCCAUAAGGAGGCCAUGGUAGAGAGACAGUUUGUCCUGGAUUCACUGAGCAAGCAGUUGGAAGAGGAUGAGGAAGCUUGCCAAAAGCUUAGCGUACAGGUGAGGGAGAAAUCUUUCACCAGUCUCAAAACUCGCUUACCAGAGCUCUUUAGGGCAAUGACUGAUAUUGCUCUAGCUUGUUCAGACAUGUACAGUAAUUUGAGGUCCAUAGCACAACAUCGAAAUCAAAGCCAGAACUCAUGAUGAGAAUACAAUUUUAUGCCUCAGUAUUAUUUGAUUGUAUACCCUAUAAAAAAAUAACCUCAGGGAAAAGAAAAUCCUUGUCUUAUGUCUUGUUUAACUUGUCAUUCUGCUGCAAAUUUGAUAUGAAACAUGUCCUUACAUAUUUUUGUUUUAUUAAAUUGAUGCAGCUUGAAGGUUGAGUUUGUAAGUACUUGUCGAGUUGCCUGGUGGAAAAUUUUUUGUUUGCUAUAGCUUAAAGGGUCAAGUGGAACUGGGCAAGUUGUGUUUUUUCAGACAUCAUUGUUACUGGUUUUCUCUUUUUCUC